CACGCCAUGAGAUCGCGAAGUUGAAGUUUUUUUACGGAAGUUUUCUCAGUUAUUGGAGCUGGCCGCAUCUGGGAGCAUGGCGUUGCCAAGAACUCCCUCAGUGAGUCUGUCGUCUUUUCCGUCGUUUCCGGCAGAUAACACCCCAUUGGCGCCAGCACAGCGGCAACGCUUGCUGAAGCGCCAUAACUCUAAUACAUCGACGGGCUCAUUUUCGCAGGUCACCACCAACAAUUUUCUGAGAACUGGGGGUUCAGUAGCGACUUCACAGCUAACAAGCACCCAAGAAUCUAAUCCUGAAAAAGAUGAAGAUGCUCUACGGCUGCAACAAUAUAUUCCUCAGGUGCAUCAGCUGAUGGAUCUUCAAGGCCGGAUUGGAGAAGGCACAUUUUCCUAUGUAUAUAAAGCUCGACUGAAGGCUCGACCCGACGAGUGCUUCGCGCUUAAGUACAUUAUACCAACAUCACAUCCUAGUCGCAUUAUGAAAGAGCUCAAGUACCUGAACGACAUAGGAGGCGAAGCAAACGUAGUACAAUUGAAAACCUGUUUUCUUCAUAAAGGUCACGUUGCCAUUGUCAUGCCUUACUUUCCACACGACCGUUUUGCCGACUACGUUCGUCAGCUAAGCGUUGACGAGGUUCAAGACUAUAUGCGCAAUCUCCUUAUAGCUUUGGCACGGGUGCAUGCAUUCAAAGUAGUUCAUCGGGACAUUAAACCUAGUAACUUCCUAUUCAACCGACAACAGAAAAUGUACUGCCUUGUGGAUUUUGGUUUGGCGGAAAAGCUCGAAAAUGAUGCUAAGUGCCUUUCACCGCCAGUGGUUUCACAAACCGUUACUGCUGGCAAAAAACGGGUUCGAAAUGACCAAGAAAACCACAUGUUACAUUUGCAGGAGAACAAAAGCAAACGGUUGUGUCUCAUGCAAGCAGCUUCACCAGCCUUACGAGUCUCAAAUGGAUUGGUUCCGGGAAGCGCCACAGCUAUGACGUACCUGCAGCAAUCGGGAGGCGUUGGGACGGGUAUCCCAUUAGGAACAGGCGCUAGAUUAGGAGCAACUCCACAGAUGCCGGUUGCUAAUCAAAAGCUUGAAAGAAGAAGAUCAGAGCCCCAUUUGUCAACGAAAAGGUGUCUUUGCUUUGGAAGAUCGGAGGUGUGCAACAUUUGUCUGUCUCGACCGGCGGAGGUGGCGCCGCGUGCCGGUACUCCUGGAUACCGUGCGCCCGAAGUUCUUAUGAAAUUUCGUCAUCAAGGAACUGCUAUCGAUGUAUGGUCCGCCGCUGUCAUCUAUCUUUCGUUGUUAUCUGGUCGGUACCCCUUCUUCCGCGCCCAGGACGAUCUAAGUGCUUUGGCCGAGGUCAUCACCCUGCUUGGCUCAGAGAAGGUUGAGGCAGCUGCCGAGGCUAUUGGUAAAAAGUUAACGACAACUACACGAAAGUCUCCGAUGGACUUAGCCACACUCUGUCUGACACUUAGAGGCUUAGAUAACCCCGCGCAACGUGCAGGGACCCUUCAUCCGACGUGGUUCACGGUGCCUAAUAGCGCGUUCGAUCUCCUUUAUAAGCUUCUUGAUCCCAACCCGUACACGAGGAUCAGUGCCGAGCACGCGCUCUCGCAUCCGUUUCUCACACGAAACACAUAGUGGCAUCAGCAAUUUUUCUAUAGUCCUAUUUUGUACAGAAGAAAAAUAAGCGAUUAGAACUCAGCAUAACGCGUUAAGCUAGACCAUUUCCGGUUUCCCAAGGGAAUCUCAUUUAAAAAGCGACUGCAUUGAGAGAAGCUCAAAUCUCAACCCGGACUCGUGUGUGUGUGUGAACAACACGAAAAGAAGCUUACUUGUGGCUAACUGGUUAUCGCGAAUAAGCCGAUAAGUUAAGCUUAUGCAAUUAUGCUACCUGACUGCAGUAAAGCAACGAUAAAUACGGGUUCUUUUUUCGGAUCUUUUUCUAUUAGUACAGGCAUUGUUGAUGUGUGAGAACAGUGAGUUUGCUUUGCGUUGAGUAAGAGAACCCAGCCUGUCAGUGUCACGUGUUUGGUAUCUCAGACCUGAGGGGUGUUGUUGACAAAGUCGAGCUUGUGUUUAAUAGUUGGGAUUUAAAAGUUGCUUUCAAUAAUCUACUCUCAUUACUUGUGCUACUAGUGUUGUUGUUAUAAUGAAUAUGCUGCAACGUACUGCUGCUUGACAAUUUGGUCUCUUCAGCAGUAUUUCCAGGAUAGGGAAAAAGGCCUUUUCUAUAACUCCGUGUACAGAUAGGCAAGCUUAUUCAGAUGUAUUUAGCGACAAACCUUUUUCCUGGUGUUGACGCUGUCCAUUCAUUGGUAUUACUUUUAGUAGCAGCUACGCUUACCAGGUUCGGCGAGCAAGCAAAAAAGGUCUUCACAGCAAGCUUUGAUUCAUAUACUAGUAGAACCUUGACUAAGAACGUGUAAACGGCAGAUAUGUCGCUUAAAGAAAGAACACGAGAUCUCUAAUUUAUUAUGGUAACAGGGGGUAAAACAAAAUCGAUGUCACGAACAGUCAUUCGAUUUGUGGACUCUAGGAAUUUAGUUAAAUAUCACCGCUGUCCAUAUAAGGAGAGCGGACGUCAAAAGUCGCAUAAUCACACCUGCGUAAACAUAAUGGCGUUCACUCAGGAGGGUCCUUAACCUUUGUGAGUGACUUGAGUACCGGAGGUUAAAGCCUGCUAAAAGCAACGUAUUAACGAGACACUAAACAGGAAGAUCGAUGAUAUACGAAAGGCAUUCAACUGGGCAUCUUUAUACAAUAUUUAUACAUACUUAGGUAUCUAAUAUUUAUUGCCAUUACAAAGGUUGUUGCGGUUACUAUUAUUAAUCUCUAUUGUUGCAAACCGGGCAUCUGUUCUGCUAGUCUAACUAGCCAUCUAUAUAUAUAUAUAUAUAUAUAUAUAUAUAUAUAUAUAUAAUGAACUGUUGUGGUUUACGGUUUGUGUAUAAUAAACCGCGAAUACAUGACUGAUGUGUAAAAUGUUCUAACGUAGAUUGCCGUAGACUGCUCUCUAGAAUAUCUAGAUUUAAAUCAAUAGAAGGUAUAUUUCUGCGUUUGGGCCUGUGAUUUUAAUAGAGUGUAAUGUGAACAUUGCGUGAAAAAGAUGAUUAUGUGAUGUCUGAAUGUAAAACCCGCGGCAUUUGUGACCUCGUUAAUGUUGAAACUGACCGCAAAAGUAACGUGGCUAAUGUAAAACCAGCAUAGUCGGUAAGUUACUUUGAAAAACCGGACGAUAGAUUUUUUUCAAUUGUUACCAAUGCGAAUGCUUUUGAAUCAACCACAGUAGCAGGUGGUAAUAUUAGCUGAAACAGCAUAUCGUAUACAGAGUCGGUUGUUGAUUUGACUGUUUGGAAUAGUUGAAACACUUUGACAACUCUGCGAAACUAAAGAACGCCAGAGAACCAGAGGCUAUUAAAAAAAAUAGAAAUUUCAUGUAUAUUUAGCGUUCGUUGAAAUAAGUAAGCUAACUUCAUGCUAGCAACAAACACUUAAUUUACUACAAAAAAGGUACAUUUGGCCCAUCAAAACCAGUUUCUUACGCGCAGCCAUUACACAAACACCUGCUACCGAAGUUUGCAAGAGAGAACGCACAUUUCAGAUACCUUCAUGUAUAAACUUACUUGCUGUUAGUGUAGGUUAUGGACCUAAUGACGAUGAUUGGUUACGACGAUUAAUGGGAGCUUUUUUGAUGAGCUUUUUUGGUGGCAAGAUUGGGGUAAAUAUUUUUUUGAAAGGGUAUAUAUUGGGUACUUCAACUAUAGCAAAAAAAAAAAUAUGGAAGGACAAAUGAAAGAACAUGGUCUCCAGUUUGCGCGUGAACGUUUGUAUGAAUGUGAAUAGUUUGAUAAAUGCGUGUACUCUAUGAAUUUAUACGGAUAAAUAUAAUUUACAUUUAGUCGACGAUAAUGGCAUUAUAAUAUACUGUUAAAAAUCAUUAAAAUAUACAAAAUAAAAAUUGAAGUGAAAAUCUAAACAAUCAUCGAUGGCAAAGGAAAGGCACAAAUAAAAAGGAAGGCGUUGUAUACUUUUUUUGAAUAUCUACAGCCAGCCAUAUCAACGAAAAAUUAAGUCAUAAUGUUACUAGUAAUUACAAUAUCAUUAUCUAGGAAUAAUCGAAUAUAAUAGGCUAUUCGGCGAUAUAUACAGUUGUAUGUACAAAUGAUAAAUAAGAUAAUAAAUCAUUUCGUAUUUCUUCAACUUCCUUGUUCUUUGUUAUUAUUCGUGUUCGAUGUUAAUAUUAGCACGCGGUGUCAUUGUGUCUCAUUCUAUUUAUUAUUGCACCAUUAGUUAAUGGACGGAUGCUUGUGGAAGAACCGGUACAGCAGGAAAACAACAAACGAACAAUUUUUUACCGAUGACCGUUUUUUUUAUUAAUUGUGUUAAAUCUUUAUAUCGUGAUCAGUUGUGCAGUUUUUGUACAAAAUCUCGCCUUCAUCUAGAACAUGUGACAUUUUUGGCAUAAAUUACGUUCUUCAUAUAUAACAAUGUUUGAAUUAGUGACUAUUUAGAUGGACCAAAUAAGUGUGUUUGUUCUUGUUGCCCUUAAUUGGAAAAUAAAAAAAAAAGACGCUCAUAAUGACAGAAUUUAUGCCUAAACAGUUUUUAAAUCAGAUAUAUUUUAAUCUAAAUCUACCUAGAAUAUCUAGGAAAAGCGGGCUCUACGUAUGGCUUCUGAAUCUAAAAACUACGAAUAGCUUCUUACUUUACCUAUCUAACUAUUGGUAAAUACAACUGUGCUAGUAACGCACGUUCGCCGUUCCAAAUCAACAAAUGCAGAUGCUGUUUUCCUUGAUUAAUUGUAACUAAAUCGAAUGCUUCGGAUCCUCUUGUAAACUUUGGUAUAUCGACUUAUCAGUAAGCAUUGGGCACUACAUACAUUUUUUUUUUUAAAUUUUGAAAUAUUUUUGGAUAGCUACGAUCAUCGUAACGAGGAAUAUUUAUAAUUAGACUCUGCUACUGUUAAAAAGCGCUAUGCUGAUCGGAGGUAGGUUAGCUAGGAAUGUCAAAUUUU